AUGGACUUCAAGAGAGCCCCAGGAAAAGCUCCGCCGGUCAUCAAACAAAGAGUCAUCCUGGUUCCCAAGGGGGCCUCUGGCUCUACCAUCAAGAACAACAACACCUGGCCAUCCUCGAAUGCUCGCUCUAUUGUCAAAGGCCCAAGCCGCCUGGACGCCAACAACACCAGCACUACCCCAUCCUCGAGUUCUAGCUCUGUCGUCAAAGAACCAUACCGCCUGAACACCAACAACAUCAACACCAACCCGUCCUCGAGUUCUCGCUCUGUCGUCAAGGAGCCAUACCGCCUGAACACCAACAACACCAACAUCAAACCAUCCUCGAAGCCCCGCUUUGUCACAAAMGAGCCAUACCGAGCCACGCCAGCUUCCAUUCACAAAGCAUACCGUACUCCAACACCCCCUCUCUUCACCAGCACCAUGUCUCCGAGCGAACUCAUGGAGCUAUACCUCCAGAGCGGAUUCAGUUCGCACAGCCGGCAAUCGAUCAGAGCGAGUCAGGAGGGCGUAUCGCUGAGAGAUGUUGAGGAAUUCGACCUCACCACGUUGUGGGGAGCACGAGAAGACGCAGUAGAGCAGCUUCACGCCAGCAACGCUCUCUGGAGCUCUCCGGCCCCUCUCUUCACGCCCGGCCCAGUGGAAGAAUUCUCGAUGUUUGAAUCAGGAGACGAUUCAGGAGACGAAUUUGGCUGGGAUGCAGAGCAGGUGAAUUUCCUCCCUGUACCCCAGGUGGAAAACCCUCCCGCAACUCCGCGACUGAUGGUGAGCUUGCCCAUUCCAAAGGGCUUCACCCCCGCCCCUGCCAUCCCCGCCGCCCCUGCCGUCACCGCUCCCACAAACAAGGGCGCCAACCGUCCCGCUGCGCCUCCCGGCCCACCYCCAAAUGCUGUAUACGCGGAACAGAGCCAUCCAAUCCCACAAGCUGUGCAAGCGGUAGUAGACGAGAUCCUUCUUCGGGCGGCGACGAAGAGCAACAAGGCUGGAUUUCCCCAGCGGGUGGAUUUGAGGAACAUGCCGAGCGGUGUCACAGACCUGGACAGAAGAUAUGGCUAUAUCACGGCUGGAUCCGAGUUGAUGAAGUUCUACGGGGAUUUGAGAUUGUUCAACGAGGCGACUUGGAAGUAUCUCGUGAGCAGUGGAAAGGCAGUAUGA